GCGGGCACCGCGUCAUCUGGCAAGGCAGUGGGCACCGAGUCACCAGGCACGACAGUGGGCUCCGAGUCAACUGGCAUGACCGCGGGCACUGAGUCAGACAUUGGAUCGUCUGGCUCGACAGCGGGCAUCAGGUCACCAGGCAUCAGGUCAUUUGGCUCGACAGCGGGCACCGCGUCAUCUGGCAAGGCGGUGGGCACUGAGUCACCAGGCACGACAGUGGGCUCUGAGUCAAUUGGCACGACAGCGGGCAUCGGGUCAUCAGGCACUGGAUCGUCUGGCUUGACAGCGGGCAUCGGGUCACCAGGCAUGACAGCGGGCACUGGGUCAUCAGGUACCGGAUCGUCUGGAUCGACAGCGGGCACCGGGUCAUCAGGCAUUGGAUCGUCUGGCUCGACAGCGGGCAUCGGGUCACCAGGCAUGACAGCGGGCACUGGGUCAUCAGGCGUGAUAGGAUCAUCAGGCUGGAUCAGCUGGGUAGAGACAUCAGGCUGAAGUGCGGGUGCCGGGGCACCAGG